CUGCAGGCACCGCCGAUGGGGAAAGGCAGACUGGGAAGAAGCUGGGAGAAGGACACCCAGGAGGCAAAGAGCAAGCCACACUCAGGGCAAACCAGCCAUUUUGUAGGUGCCGCUUCAUCUCCUGCACCCUUUCUGCCCUUCCAACUGUCCUUUGUGGGGCUAGGCUCAAGAAACAUUUGAACUGGCACGGAAGGAAGCCACCUGCUUUCUACGCCCCUGAAAAGGAAGAAGAACAGAGCCUCAUGGAAGCUGAAAGCACCAAGGCGCAGGAGGAGAGCCAGCAGAUCGAUGGGCAGGAGCAGGAGGGAGCGCUGGGAGAUGCUCACAGCCCCUCUGAGGGGAGGGCAAGGGAGGCUCCUGGGGAAGGGGGGAAAGCAGAGGCCUCUGGGAAGGAGGUGCUUGGAGAGAUCCAGACAGGGAAAACAGAGUCAGCUGGGAGUGAAGCUCCUAAGGAGAGCGAGGCUGGGGGAGGAGAGGCUGGUAGGAAGGAGGCCAAGGUGGUCAAUGAACCCACCAGAGACCCUUCAGGGAAUGAGGCAGUGCAGGAAUGUGAGCCUGGGGAAAAAGAGAAGGACGUUAGUGAGGGCAGCCAGACAGAGGCAGGGGAUAGAGUGGCUCUUGGAGUAUCUGGAACGGAGCCUAAGGAUGAAGCUGAUGUUUCUGGAACACCAGAAGAACCGCAAGAAGGGGAAGAAGGAAAAGCUGAUGCCUUGGAGAGAAACACCAGCAUUUCCAGCAGAGAGGGCCGAACUGGCAGCACUUCUGAUGAGCCUCUCUCACCAGAACAAGAGGAAGAAGAAGAAUUCUGGCCAGAAUUCUCUCCCAGUUCUCCUGAUGAGAGUCCACAAAGCCCUACCGGCCUCAAAAGCUUGGAAACAGGUGACGCCACCUCCAGCCCAAGUUCUCCAGAGGCGGCAGCUGGGGACACCACCAGUCUCAGUACUGGAGCAGCCCCAGAGGGGAACCAAAAGCAGCCAUCUUCCCCACCUGAGGGAGAAGCUGAAUCCAAGGAAAAGAAGAAGAGGCCCACAUUUGACAGGAGGGAGCUAACAAGGCCCCGUAUGCCACCUAGAGCUCAGUCCCGCAAGGCCAUUGUGGAGAAGUUCGGAGGGGCUGCAAGUGGUCCUGCACCCAACAUCAAGAAGACAGGAGGUGCAAACACCGUGAAGACCAUGUUGUUGGAAUGGUGCCGGGCCAAGACGCGAGGCUAUGAGCAUGUAGACAUCCAGAACUUCUCUUCCAGCUGGAGCAGCGGAAUGGCCUUUUGUGCCCUCAUCCACAAGUUCUUCCCAGAUGCCUUUGACUACGCGGCUCUCGACCCAGCAAACCGGAGAGAGAACUUUGCCCUGGCUUUCUCCACGGCGGAGAAACUUGCUGACUGCGCCCAACUUCUGGAUGUGGAUGAUAUGGUGCGCAUGAGUGUUCCAGAUAACAAAUGCAUCUACACCUACAUCCAGGAACUUUACCGCAGCCUGGUGGGGAAAGGCCUGGUGAAGACCAAGAAGAAGUAAGAAUGGAGGCCAGACUUAUGCUCAAGACAGACUGGAAAUGAGAGGCACGUGUGUUGAGACAGGGAGAAGGCAACAUGGGAUGGGUCUUUGUUCUGUAGCUGCCUGAAACCACAGAGGUUUGUUUGCUCUAAGAGGAAAUGCCCACAACAUACCGACUCUCUACCAGUAGUGCAUUUGAGAUGUAAUAAAUUCCUUUCCUGCACAUUUUUCACGUUGGUGCUCCCAGCCAUCUUCCGCAGCCUAGUCUCCAUGUAGGCAGAACAGUGUCUGUCCAAAAGAUGCUUAACCGAAGUAAGCACGUCUCCAGCAGCUACCAUUGUCAACUCCCCUCCAUGGUACUUUAGGUGAAUAAAUCCUCCUCCAGCCCAUGUUGUCAUUACACUUCUCCUUACAGAGCACUAGAACCAUUAAAGCA